AUGGGUCUGUCAAGCAGAUCCUUUUGGAAGGACUCGGAGGGUGUAGAGGCUAUCACGAGUUCAACUAUUAGAAUCUGGAAUCAGUGGCUCAGUGAGGUGAAAGACCUGGAUCAGCUUAGGAUCAGGAGAUGCUACAAGCCUUCAGGGUUUGGGCAGGUUGUAAGCUGUCAGCUUCACAUCUUUGCAGAUGCUAGUGACGUAGGGUAUGGUGUGGCUGCCUAUCUCCGGCUUUGUGAUGAAUCUGGGCGCAUCAGCUGUUCGCUUGUUACAGGCAAAGCAAGGGUUGCACCUUUAAAGAAGAUGACUAUCCCGCGUAUGGAGUUGACAGCAGCAACCAUCGCAGUUAGACUUGGCAAAGUGCUUACUCAAGAGCUGGACUGCGACAUACACGGCACCUACUACUGGACAGACAGUAUGACGGUAUUGCGGUACCUCGCAAACGAGAGUUGUCGCUUCCAGACCUUUGUUGCAAAUCGCAUUGCAAUAAUCAGAGAUGCCUCUUGCUUGCAGCAGUGGAAGUACGUGAAUACCAAAUUCAACCCUGCUGAUUGCGCAACACGUGGUCAGUCAGUGAAAAGGUUUCUUCAGUGCUCCAUGUGGUUUGAGGGUCCAGGCUUCCUGUCUCAGCCAGAAACAGAAUGGCCUCAGCAAGAUGCCGAUCUUACCAAGCUACCAGAUAAUGAUGCUGAGGUGAAGAAGACUGUGCUGAUGACAGCAGAGACACCUAUCAGUCCGGUUGACAGACUUCUGGAGCACUAUUCAGAUUGGACCAGGCUGAAACGGGCAGUUGCUUGGAUAUUGGUUGUGAUGAAGCGCCUCCAAGAUAGAGUAGCUGCAAGCGAGAGGUUGAAACAGGAGCCAGCACAGCAAGAGUUAGAACAGCAAGAACCCAAUGCGUUGCACCGUUCACAGAAGCUCGAAUCAGAGCAGAGCAGAGUUAAGCAAACUCUUUCAUCAGGUGACAGAGAAAGUCUUAACCAUACUCGACUUACCACAGAGAACCUUGAGGCUGCUGAGAGGGUUUUAGUGUACCAUGUCCAGCAGAAACAUUGGAAGGACGAAAUCAAAUUGCUCAACGAGACGGAGGGAAAACCAUCCUCGGUAGUCAAGAAGUCUUCUUCAUUGAGAAAGCUUGAUCCUAAGCUGGUAGAUGGACUUCUACGUGUUGGUGGUCGGAUUGGUAGAGCAGAUCUCGACUUUGAGUCCAGGCACCAGGUACUGAUGCCAAGAGACUCGCCUGUCUCCAGGCUUAUUCUUCAGCAUAUACACAAGUCAGUUGGACACUUGGGCAAAAAUUCCAUCCUAGCAGAGCUUCGACGACAUUACUGGAUAAUUGGAGCACCUUCUAUCAUCAAGGGUAUCGUCUCGAGGUGUGUCACUUGCAGGAGAUACCAGGCCCCGGCUGAGCAGCAGAAAAUGGCCAGUCUGCCACGAGAGCGACUUGCGUUGAAUGAACCUCCAUUCAGCAAGGUUGGAAUGGAUUAUUUUGGUCCCUUUGAGGUGAAACGUGGUAGAAGUAUGGUGAAGAGGUACGGGGUCAUAUUUACUUGUUUGACUUCGCGAGCUGUCCACUUGGAGUUAGCGCAUUCACUUGACACGGAUUCAUGUAUCAAUGCAAUCCGCAGAUUCAGUGCCCGUCGUGGAUCAUUAAAGAGCAUUCUCUCUGACAAUGGAACCAAUUUGGUUGGCGCAGAACGUGAGAUGCGUGAGCAGAUGAGAACCUGGAACCAACAGAAAAUCCAUGACAACUUGCUACAGAAGGGCAUAUCCUGGCAAUUUAAUCCUCCAGCAGGAUCACAUUUUGGAGGAAUAUGGGAGCGUUUGAUUAGAAGCGUCAGGAAGAUCCUCUACUCUCUGAUGCGAGAACAGCAUGUUCAUCUGAGUGAUGAAGCUCUCCAAACUUUGUUGUGUGAGGUAGAAGCUGUCAUGAAUGGACGACCACUUACCGAAUGCCCUAACAGUCCCAACGACCUAGAUGUCCUGACUCCGAAUCAUCUGCUUCUUCAACGGUCGGGCGAGAGUCUGCCUCCUGGGUUGUUUGACAAGCAUGAUAAAUAUCCUGUUAAGCAGUGGCGACAAGUUCAGUAUUUCGCAGACCUCUUUUGGAACAGAUGGUCGAAGGAGUACCUGCCUAUGCUUCAAGAAAGGCAAAAAUGGACCCACCCCAAGCGGAAUGUGACUGUGGGAGACAUUGUGUUGGUGGUUGACUCUUCGCCAAGAAACUCAUGGGCGCUUGGCAGAGUACUUGAAGUUGUCAAGGACAAGAACGGAUUUGUUAGAAGUGUCAAAGGAAUGUUCCGCAUCAUCACUGACGAUGACAAACAGUAUACAGUGCCCAAGAACCUGCUGCUGGACACCAUCAACACAGAGCAAUCAGACCUCGAGCAACAUCUGCCAGUCGCACUGACAGCAACCUACCUUGAAGUGACACAUCUCAUGGAGAAUCUUCGCCAAAUACAACAACAGAUGACACUACUGAACUUCACAGGCAUAGCUGCAUGA